AUGAAGAAGAAGAUGCAGAACUGGUUGGCAGAGACGGAAGUGGUCAGCAGAGAAGGGAAGGACUGUCAAGUAAAAGAUUCCCUGAGAUGCAAUAUAACCAUUCAUUACUUCAUUGAGAAGUAUCCUGAGUUUCGAGGCUGUGUCUGCGCUGGAGAUAUUUAUUGCAGUAUUAAAAAGUUGUUGAGGAAGCAAUGCUACACCAAAAAUGUUCAAACAAUCCCUACAGAACCCAGUAAAUCAGUUGCCAUUCUUCAGAAAAGUUCCAUACAACAUCCAAGACUGAAAGUGGUUAUGCCUCCAAAGGAAAAUGAUUGCAUUUUAGCAAAACAAUUUUGUAAAGAAAACCAACAUUGCUUUUCUAUGUAUGAAAAUUUUAGAAGGAACUGUGCUAACGGACAAUGUAAUCUUCUUGGAGGAGGACAGAAGUGUUUGGAGGCAUUGAAUGAUUUAAAAACAACCAUCCUGGCAAACUGUGUAUGUUUAAAUCCAACAAAAGAAAAAUGUGUUAAAAUCUGGAAUACCAUCAAUAAUAAUUCCUGUCUGCAACAUACCAAAGAACGUAAAAUAUCUAGACAGGUUGAUGGAAUUAAUGAGGAAAACACAGAUUUGUAUUUUGCUAAUUCUGAUAUGAAAUCAGAAUGGGAAUCAAGCACACUAGCCAGGAUGGAGUACCAAAGCCCAAUGACUUGUUUUAAUGUAGCAACACUUUGCCUUGGGGAUCCAGUGUGCAAUAGACACUUAGCAGCUCUUAUCAAAGCCUGUGCCAUUCAUGAAAAUGUGUGUAAUGUGAAUGACUGCCAAAGGACAGUGCAGUUGUUCUAUAACAAGAUGCCUUUUAACGUCUCUCAAAUGCUGGCUUUUUGUUAUUGCACUCAAUCUGACAAGAACUGCCAACACGCCAAAGAAGUUCUUCAUAGUAAACCCUGUGCAGUUCGCACAGAUGCUCCCAUGUCCUGUCUGACUAUAAUUCAUAGCUGUCUUGAAGAUGAACUAUGCAGGAGAAGAUAUGAAUUAUAUGUGACAAAGUGCUGGAAACAUAUUGCUAAGUGUCAUAACGACGAUGAGUGUUUGAUUGCUAUGCAUCCGGAUGAUCUGACAUGUUCUAAAAAUGAUGAAUGCAAAGCUGCAUAUAUUGCUACCAUUGGGACAAUGCUGCAGAUGGAAUGCACGUGCCCAAUAGGACUACACACCAAUAAACACCAUCUAUGUCAUUUAUUUUUCCAUAUACUACACAGCAACUCCUGCAUAGAAAAUAUUUCUGCAAAAAACAUCCAUGAAUCCUAUAUUGAUAUACAAAAUAAGAAACAAAUAAAACCAGAUUCACAUCCUUUUCAAAAUGAUUUCAGUGCGUCCAUCUCCCACACUCUCAAAAUAACACUUUACUAUGGCAUUGCUCACCAGACGAGAAAGCAGUGGUACUUGUGGUUUAUUCUCCAUGACAAUAUUAGUGAUGGUUGUGAUAGUGAUGGUGGUGCCAGUUCCCCAUGCCAUAGCUUUGAUUUUGAUGCUUCUAUAGAGUGUAAGCAGCAACACAUCUAG